AUGGGCAAAAAGAAGCAAGUGCGUAAAUUUGGCGAAGUCAAGCGGAUGUUGAAUCCCAAAGAUACUCGACUGAAGCACAACCAAAAAGAGCAGGCUGUUGCUCAAGCACAGAAAGAAGAGGGAAAAAAAAAGUAUAAAGAGAUGGCUGCUUCGUCUAUGUUUUUUCAGCACAAUUCUGCGCUGGGACCACCAUACCGUGUUCUUGUUGAUACCAACUUUAUUAACUUUAGCUUGCAAAACAAAAUUGAGCUUGUGCAGGGUAUGAUGGAUUGUCUGUACGCGAAGACAAUUCCUUGCAUAACUACAUGCGUUCUUUCCGAGCUAGAAAAGCUUGGACCUAAAUACCGUAUCGCGCUUCGUGUUGCACGCGAUCCGCGCUUCGAGCGGCUAGAGUGCACACACAAAGGAACGUACGCAGAUGACUGCAUCAUCGAACGCAUCAAAAGCCAUAAAUGUUACAUUGUGGCUACAUGUGAUCGAGAACUCCGUCGUCGGGUUCGUCAAGUACCUGGUAUACCCCUUAUGUACAUUGCUCGACACAGGUACCGUAUUGAGCGUCUUCCUGAUCAAGGUGCACCAACGUGA